UGAACCCACAAAGUAAGAUCAUGACCUGAGCUGAAGUCAGACACUUAACCGACUGAGCCACCCAGUCACCCCUCAAUGUCCUUUAUUUCUUUCACCCUUUCAGUUCUUUCUCAUCUUCCCGGAACCACCUAUGUCAUCCUGCUAGUUCCCUCCAUGAGGUAAAUAACUGUUUGGCAUGUACUCCUUGAGUUUAUUGUUAACUUAAAAAAAAAAAAGAUUUGACAGUCUGAGCGGAAUUAAUUCUCCAGGAUGGGGAACGAACUGGGAGAAAGAGGUGACAAAGCUAGGAAUGGAAGGAGGUAGGGAGGAUAAUGGAAAGAAAGCAGGCGGCGGGAAAAAUUCGAGAGAAAUUAAACAGAAAGCAAGUCAGCUUUGGGUAGAGACAGCCAACGGCGCCCCCGCCUGGGUUCUGCGCGCAGCAUCCUCGUCGUCGAACUACAUUUCCCGGCUGGCCUGCGAGCGCGGGGCGCAGGGCCUAGAGCGCCGUCGGGGACUGGCCCCGCGCGGACUAGUCCAAUCUCGAUAGUGGCCGGCAAUCUUCCGCCUCCGCCGACAAUCUUCCGCCUCCGCCGACAACAUGGAGGCCGAGCUCGGCCGCCCCUGGGAAGAGGCGCUGUAAGGCAGGAGAUGGGGAAGAGCCGCAGCCCCAGCCGCCCAGCCGAAGCAGCCGGCCCGCGUCGCGGUCCGGAGGCAGAAGCAGGUGUGGCAGGAGAGGCCAAGAGGCUGCCCUUGUGGGCACACUGGUAGCUACUGUGGAAACUGGCAGUGCGGAGAGGCUUCAUCAAGGUGUGUGGCUCAGGGAGGCGGAAUGAAGACAACUUCCCGCCUGCAGGUGUCGGGGAAGGCACCCCUUGGUGGGAUUGGCCUCCGCCACAGUGCCAAGCGGGACCGAAAGUCCAUCACCCUGCAUAUGAAGUUAGAGGUGCUUCGGAGGUUUGAGGAAGGUGAGAAGUUGACUCAGAUUGCCCGGGCCUUGGGGCUGGCCACCUCUACCGUCGCCUCAAUCCGUGUCAACAAGGACAAGAUCCGGGCCAAUUCCCAGGCAGCCACACCUGUCAGUGCCACGCAGCUGACCCGCUGCCGGGGUGUGGUGAUGGGCCAUAUGGAACGCUUGCUGAGCCUAUGGAUUGAGGAGCAGAAGCGGCAGAACCUGCCCAUCAGCACACUGCUCAUCCAGGACAAGGCACGACGGCUCUUUGUGCAGCUGCAGCAUGAGCAGGGCAGUGGCACUCAGGCUGAGACCUUCGGGGCCAGUAACGGCUGGUUUGCCCGAUUCAAGGCUCGCAACAAUGUGCUUUUGACAGAUGAGCCAGCUGUGGCUGACACCCAGGCUGCUGCCCACUAUCCCCCAGUGCUGCGCACCAUUCUGGAGGAGGGCUGUUACUCACCACACCAAGUUUUCAACGUGGAUGAGACAGGCCUGUUCUGGAAGCGGCUGCCAGAGCGCAUGUUGCUGGCACUGGAGGGGGCAGCCGGGCCUGGCCUCAAGGCCUCUAAGGACCACUUGACCCUGCUGCUUGGUGGCAACGCAGCUGGUGACUUUAAACUGAAGCCUCUGCUAGUGUACCCCUCGGAGAAUCCACGUGCCCUCAAGGGCUGCUCCAAGGCUAGCCUUCCUGUGGUCUGGCGCUCCAACCGCAAUGACUGGCUGACACCCAGCAUCUUCCAGGAGUGGUUUACUGGCUGCUUCUGUCCUGCUGUAGAGAGCUACUGUGCCAGCCAUGGCCUCCCACACCGUGCCCUAUUGCUCCUGGAUGGUGCACCCUGCCACCCUGCUCACCUGGGUGGCCUCUCAGCCCACGUGAGGGUUGAGUUCCUGCCCAAGAACACAUCGGCCCUGAUCCAGCCCAUGAACCAGGGUGUCAUUGCCACAUUCAAGGCCUAUUACCUGCGCCGCACGCUCAGCCAGCUGGUCCAGGAGACGACUGGUGAAGACCGACCCUCUGUGCAGGAGUUCCUGCGCAGCUAUACUGUCGUGACUGCUGUGGACAAUAUAGCUGAAGCCUGGGCAGAGCUGCAGCCUGCCACCAUGAACAGCGCCUGGAGGAAGCUCUGGCCUGAGUGUGUCCCUGCUGGCACCCCUGAGCCUGACACUGUGCCUCAGCUCCGCCGCAGUAUUGUGGCACUAGCUCGGCAUGUGGGCCUUGGAGAUGCAGCUGAGGCUGAUGUUGCCAGCCUGCUGCAGGCCCAUGGGGAGCCCCCACCCCACAGCAUCCCCCAGGAUGCAAAGGAUGGGGACAUGAGUGGUUCUGGGCUGCCCUGGGAGACAGGGAAUGGCCUGGUCUCUAGAAAACAAGAGCCAGAUUUCACAGAGGCUGUGGUGGGUGCAGGCGCUGAGGAAGCUGGUGUGGGUGCUCUGAGCCCUGAGCAUCUCGCCCAGGCUCUGUCUCACUUUGCUGCUGGUUUACAGGUCCUCAUAGAGAAUGAUCCAAACCGGGAGCGCAGCCUGCGGGUCUCCCGGGGUGUCCACUGUGCCCUUGCUCGCCUCCGGGAGCUACACCGGGAAAGGAGGCGACAGUCUCGGGCAGCUGCAUCCUCAGGAGGCCCUGUGGUGGUGGCAGCAAGGGAGUCGGCAGGAAGCCUGCCAUUGCUCCAAUGCUGGCCCAGUCUCAUCCCGAGGACCAGUGGUCUGGAGACCUGGCAGAGUCAGCCAAACUCUUCACAGAUGGAGCUCAGCGGUAACCCAGGGGCUUCUCCAGGAGGAGAGAGGGUGUUGCUCACAGACAUGGACUGAGCCCACAUGGGAAGGAGAGCAGAUCAGCCAAGGAGCAUGCCCAGGGUCUCCUGCCAGAGGGUCAGGGCCAGGGUGGCAGUGGCACUGAAAUCAGCAGUCACAGGGUGGGAACAUACUUAUUCUUUAGCUGUGUCUGGAGAGAGUGAUGCAGACAGAGCCUCCUCUACCAUUUCUGGGCUGAAGAUCUCUUUGAAGAGGCCACCCAGCACAAGCCAGUGCCCAUGCACCAAGUGGGACCACAAGGCUAUCAACCUGCAGGAUAAGCUUGAGGUGUUGUGGCUCUUUGAAGCCAGAGAGAAGCUCAGCAGAAUCAGGAAUGCGCUGGGGCUCUCCACCUCCACCAUGGCUACCAUUCGUGACAACAAGGAGAAGAUCCGAGCCAGUUCCCAGGUGGCCACACUGCAGGCGGCCACCAAAUUGACGCACAGCUGCAGCCUGGUGAUGGAGAAUAUGGAGUGGAAGCUAAGCGUGUGGAUCAGUGACCAGAAUGAGCUCAAUGUGCCCAUCAACAUCAUGCUUGUCCAGGAGAAGGCUUGCAGCCUGUUCGAGGACCUCAAGUGGGAGCAGGGCGCGGGUGCCCAAUUGGAGACCUUCGGGGCAGUUGUGGGUGGUUCGCGUGUUUUAAGGCAUGCCAAAGCCUGCAUGCCUUGGGGUGGGUGGUGAGGCUGGGGGCUGCGAGGCCAUGGGCACAACUGCUGCAGCUGUGUGCAGGUACCCUGCCCUGCUUCAGAGAGUGAUCCAGGAGGGUGGCUACACACCAUGGUAGGUGUUCAACGUGGAUGAGACUGGGCUUUUCUGGAAGCGACUGCCUGACAGGACGUUCCUUUCCCUGGAGGAGAAAUCAGCCCCUGGGUGCAAAGCUGCCUGAGAUAUCCUGACGCUGCUACUCAGUGGCAGUGCGGCUGGUGAUCUCAUUGAAGUUGCUGCUGGUGUAUCCCUCAGAGAACUCUCACACCCUCAAGGGCUUCUCCAAGCCCAACCUGCCUGUGGUGUGGCGUUCAUGCAAGAAAGCCUGGGUGACCAUGAGCAUCUUCCAGGAGUGGUUUGUGCACUUCUUCUGCCCAGUUGUGGAGAGGUUCUGUGCCCAUCACUGCUUGUCUUGGACAGUGUCCCUGGCCAUCCUGGGAACCUGGACAACCUCUCCGACCAUGUGUGUGUGGAGUACUUGCCCAAGAACACGACGGCCCUCAUCCAGCCCAAGAACCAGGGCAUUGUUGCCACCUUCAAGGCCUGCUGCUUAUGGAGGGUCUUCUGCCUGUUGGCGUUGAGGGUGGGAGGCAGGGACCAGCAGUCUGUGGUCUUUGACUUCUGGCAAGUAUACAGCAUCCUUGAUGGUGUCUACAACAUCUCUGAGUCCUGGGAGGAGGUCCCACCAGCGACGCUGAGUAGGGGGUGGAGAAAGCUGUGGCCUCAGUGCGUCAAGCGGGAGGCCAGCAGACUGCAUGUGGAAACUCUACUACAGAUCCAGCAGGACAUCCUGGCACUGACACAUGUUGCAGGUUUCAGAGAGGUGGCAGAGGCAGCUGUGGUUGAGUUGCUUUAGAGCCCUGGGGCAGACCUGUCCAACGAGGAACUGAUUAGCAAUUGGAUGCUAAUUGUCACCCUGUCCUGUUCUCUGAAAUGAUGCUGUGCCCCAUCUGAUUGGUUGGGGAGAGAGAGGAGAGACUGGUGGGUGAGCUAGAGAGGUAGAAUACUCACCAGAUCUCCAAGCCCCCAGCAAGGGGCAUCCUCAUGGCUGCAGGUGUCCCUUGGCCAGAACUGGAUGCUAAUUCUUCCUUUCUUCUUGUCUCCUCCCCUGGUCUCUCUGCCUUGCACUCCUCUCUUUACCGGUUUCCAUUUGAUACCUGCCAUGCCCUUUUGACUUUCUUCUCCCUGUGGACACGGCUCAUUCCAGACAGUGGUGGCAUUUGGAGAAAAGGCCGUGGAUCCCACAACGGAAUGCUGGGGGCCACCCAUUGCUCUGCAGAAGGUGACCUUUGGGGAUGUGACCUGUUUGGGUAAGGAUGCGGAUUUUGGGGAGUGGGUUGGCCUUAUUGCUGGACAUACAGGCCCUCAGGUGAGUGGUCUGUCUCCAGCUAUGGGUUCCUGCUGCAGAAGGUCUUUACUCGAGACUACCUUCUUUCCACAGGAGUCGGGAGAUGGAGGGCUGCUCUAGAGGACUGGUUAUUGUUUAAAUUUGGCCUGAAGGUUUUGCUGUCAAGCCUAGAUGCCCACACAUCUCCCAUCUGCCUCCUGCACACACCUGUGCACACCUGGCGGGCAUAUGUCCAGACUCCAGCUCAUAUUACAUACAUGAAAUGAGUACUACCUGCUGGCUGGACCUAUCACACCUGAGCAGGAAAUUCUUCUAUCCCAAAACUUGGGCCAUCUUGGACACCCAGAGCUCUGGCUUCUCUUGGGAGUGGCUACUGUGGGUGUAUCUUGAGAUCCCAGGGUUGCCGGUCAGCUACUCCCAUUUGGGUGUCUGCACCACUCAAUGUAGAAUCAGAGUCAGAUGAACAACAACAACAACAACAACAACAACAACAACCAGAGUCAGAUGAAAGAUUGAUUUUAAACACCAUUUUUGGAUAUGUUAAUCAGAUAAGGGAAGAGUCACUUGCUGUUAGUUUGCCAUGGGGUUUGGGGCAUGUGGCCCAUUUCCAUUUAGGAGUCCAAGCCUGCUGGUCAGUGAGUGCCCAACUGCCCCGGCAGGGAGACCUGGCUGAGCGUUUUUGGUAAACUGUGCCUGCAUUACUUUCCACCUGGUAUUGCUCCCCACUGUUAUCACAGCUCCCAACUGCAUCCAGGGAGGAUCUUGGGUGUGAUGCCAAACAGUGUUAUCAUUGUUUUGACCUUUUGCUGUCUAAAAAGAGAGAAGAUAAUUCCAUGUAUUUCACAAGUGACAAGUACAGUGAGAUCAUUGAACAAGUGAAACAUACCAAACUACAAAAGAGGAAGUCUACCCUCUUGCUCCGCUGCCUGAAGUGAUUUGUUCUCUGCAUUGGGAACGAGGAAAUGCCAGUUAUCCCCCUGUCAGAGGCAACAUGAGCUUUUGCUACCGUAUUAAAAACAAGAACAUGUAUGAUGUGCUACAUGAGGCCCAUGUUAGCAUUGGGCAUGGAGGGAAGCCUAGGAUGCUGGCAGAGCUAAAGAGAUACAAGAAUGUGACACGGGAAGCCAUACUCCUAUACUUGAAGCUAUAUGCAAAUCCUGUCAGCAGGAGUUGCAUCCACUGAAGAAAGGUAUGUUGAAGACUGAUGUUUGUGGAGACCAGGAGCCAGUGCCAGGUGGACCUUAUUGACAUGCAGUGGCAGGCCAACAGACAAUUCAAAUUCAUCAUGGUCUACCAGGGACACACAACCAAAUUUGUCCAGUUGAGGCCUCUGACCAGCAGUAGUGGUGCGGAUGUGGCCAGAUGUCUGCCAGACAUCUUCUGCAUCUAUGGGGCCCCUGCUGUUCUCCAGUCUGGGAAUGGAAGAUACUUUGCAAAUGAGGUGAAUGGUGUAUUUAAAGGCACAUGGAGUGGCUUAACAAUUAUGACCAGAAAGCACCAUCUGAGCCAGAGCCCAGGCAGCCUAGAGAAGGGCCACCGACACAUGGAGAGCAUGCUUGUGCCUGGUUCACACAGAGGGGACCAGCACUUGGAUUCUGGGGCUGCACUUUGUCUAAGUGAUGAAGAACAGAAUGUUUUUUGUUGUUUUGUUUUAUUUUUCAUUUUUAAAGAUUUUAUUUUAAGUAAUGUGUAUACCCAAUGUGUGGCUCGGACCCACAACCCUGAGAUCAAGAGUCGCAUGUUCCACUGACUAAGCCACCAGGUGGCCCAAAGAACAGAUUGUUUAACUGGAGCAUCUGGAGCUCACCUUAUGAGGUGAUAUUUGUUUGUGACAUCAAAGUAGAUCUAUCAGUGUCCUCACUGUCCAGUGGAGCACUCGGCAGGCUGGAGACAGAAGAGGAUCUGGAGGAGCUGCUGCAGAGUGUAAGAAUAGAUACUCAGAGGUCUGAGAAUGAACACGGUGGCCUCACUGUCCCCUUGAUGGAGGUGCCAAGAGUGGUGUAUGCCCUCUGGGCUGUGGGGAAGCCCAUGUACGUGAAUCCUGCAUGACACAUGUGUACAUGUCUGUGGCAAAGACUCUGGGUUUUGGGAAUGUGGAGACUCAGGCGUUCAGGAGAGCCUUGUUGCUUCCCUCAAGACUUUGUCACUCCCAUUUAAGAAAGUGAAGUUGGACUCUGUCAAAGCACUUUCUGGUCCUGGUAUUGGCGACACUGGCAGAAUUUCCGUCCUGGAUUUAGACAGGGAAGGCUGAGCUCAGAAACAUCCUGUGUGUGAUCCUUUCCAUCAAAGAUGGGCAGUUUUAUUGAUUAGGCAACAAACUGGGAAUGAUUGGGCAGUUUUUCAUGAGGAGACAGUUCACGAUGUUUUCAGAGGCUUCGGUUUCCAUCAAGGAGGUCUCACCUGAGGAAUGGUCCCUGAGGGAACUCUCAAGGGUCCUGUCUGUCACUGGCAGGAAGGGACAUAGGCAGUGCGUAUGUAAAAGUCAAGUGUGGGACCAACAAAUGUCCCUGCAGAGCCUCCCAGUUUCCUCUGUUCCUCCAAGUGUCAUCUCAGUUUCUGCUGUAAUUAAUGACCAGAUGCUGAUGAAGUUCUCUGCAGCCCUCCUCUCUGUGAAUCAGAAACUUCUGACAUGAGGAACCUGGAACCUGAGCCUCUGCCUUUCUUUCCUUGCAUUGUUGUACUGAUCACCAAAUGGGCUUUAUCUGUGGUCAGGGGUUGGUUGACUUCAGCGUAAAUGUGUUCAAUAAAGAACUGUUUUUAUUUGACUGUGUA